UUUAAUAAAAUUUCGCCCAACAAAAUGCCGCAAGAUAAAGAUACCCCUACUGAAAAAACCAAAAAAAUAACUGUCUCCAAAAAUUUAUUUUCGAAAGCAAUAGGCUGAAGAUUUUUUGUUCAAAAUGGUCACCGUCCUUAGCCACUGAUCAAACCGAAACCUUACUUGAGGUCAAAAUCCAACAACUGGACAACAACUGGGACAGCCUUUUAAAAGCUUACGAAGCAAUAUUCAUGGACGAUGAUCACCCAGAAGUCAGUGGCUCGGUAGAACAAAAAUACUGCAAAUGCUCGGAGAGCUACCAAACCUGCAAGUCCCAAAUGUUGGAAGCGUUACAUCUUUUUAGAGUUAAUACGAUCCCUCAAGCUACCCAGCAAACAUUCAACACGACUUUUACCCCAAACCCUUCUGCCUCCAACGAGGUUUAUCUCAAGGUACCACCGUGCGACACAGAAGUAUUCCACGGUGGCUACGAAGACUGGCCGGCAUUUAGAGACAUGUUUACGGCAGUCUAUAUAAAACACCCCAAAUUAACCCCCGCUCAAAAGUUGUACCAUUUGCGAUAUAAGACAAAGGGACAAGCAGGACUUAUUGUAAAACAAUACCCUCCUACCGACGAAAACUUUGCGCUUGCAUGGGAAGCUUUAAAAUCACGUUACGAAAACCCAAGAAUUCUAGUAGAUAACCAACUCAAAACCCUACUAAAUUUGCAGCCCGUUUACGGAGAAAGUGGCGAGCAAUUACAAAGGCUACAANAAAAACCCAAGAAUUCUAGUGGAUAA